AUGUCCCGUAUCGUCACCGUCGGCGCCGCCCAGCUCGGCCCCAUCGCCCUGGCGGAGAGCCGCGCCCAGGUGGUCGAGCGGAUGAUCGCGCACCUGCGCACCGCCAAGGCGCGCGGCUGCGACCUGGUGGUCUUUCCCGAGCUGGCGCUGACCACCUUCUUCCCGCGCUGGUUCAUGGCCGAGCAGGAAAAGAUCGACGCCUUCUUCGAGCGCGAGAUGCCGGGACCGGACACCCGGCCGCUGUUCGACGAGGCCAAGCGCCUGGGACUGGCCUUCUGCUUGGGCUAUGCCGAACUGACCGAGGAGGCGGGGCGCACCCGCCACUUCAACACGGCGAUCCUGGUCGACAAGCAGGGCGAGAUCGUCGGCAAGUACCGCAAGAUCCACCUGCCGGGCCACGCCGAGCACGAGCCCUGGCGCGCCUUCCAGCACCUGGAGAAGCGCUACUUCGAGACCGGCAACCUGGGCUUCCCGGUGUUCGAGGCGCUGGGCGGGCGCUUCGGCAUGUGCAUCUGCAACGACCGCCGCUGGCCCGAGACCUACCGCGUGAUGGGCCUGCAGAACGUCGAGAUGGUGCUGCUCGGCUACAAUACCCCGGUGCACAAUCCCCCGGCGCCCGAGCACGACCGCCUGGGCUGGCACCACAACCAGCUCGUGAUGCAGGCCGGCGCCUACCAGAACGCCACCUGGGUGGUCGGCGUCGCCAAGGCCGGCAACGAGGAGGGCGUGCCGAUGAUCGGCGGCACCCAGAUCAUCGCCCCGACCGGCGAGACCGUGGCGAUCGCCGUGACCGACCAGGACGAGCUGGUGACGGCGGCCUGCGACCUCGACCUCGGGCUGACCUUCAAGCGCAGCGUCUUCGACUUCGCCCGCCACCGCGAGCCGCAGCACUACGGCCUGAUCGUCGAGACCAAGGGGCCGGUCGAGACCGGCGCCGCCGACGCGCAGCCGGGCCGGCGCACGCCCGCCGCCGCCAAGUAG